AUGCGCUACUUUAUCACAGCCCCAAUCCUCAUCGCCAGCGCCCUGGCCCAAUCAACUGCAGACUACCUCAAGUGCGCCAGCGCCGCAAUAGGCACAAUAAACAAAUCCUCCUUCACACCCUGCACUGAAAAAACCUCCCAAGAAUGCUUCUGCGCCAAUAAAUCCGCCAUCAAAUCCCUAACAACAACCUCCACCCCAGCCUGCGCAGGUCUCGACAUCUCAACACUAGCAUCAGCCCUAUGUCCCAGCAGUCACGAAGCAAAGCCCGCCUUCAGACAUGCUGGAAAACCUAUGCAGCCUGUUAAGCGGGAUCCAAAAUAUACUAUCUAUGUGACUGAGACACGCACAGAUUGUGGCUGUACGAGUACGGGUGUGGCUGGACAUGUCUCGCAGGUGCCGGUUAGUGUGCCGACGCCGUCGUCUAGUGUGGCAAGGGCUUCGUCGAGUUCUGUGAGGGGACAUGGGCCGGCGUCGUCGGUUAGACGGGUUGGGAUGGCGCCUUCCGCUGGCGUUACGCCUUCGGUUGGGGUGACUGUUUCGACUGGGGCGACGGCUUCGGCUUCGGCUGGGGCUGGGGUUGAUGCGACUAGGUUCUCGCCUUUCCAGGGAGCUGCUGUCGGGGUUUCUGUGAAUGGGGGUGUUGUGAUGGCUGGGGUUGCGGCUGUUGUGGCUGUUAUGGUUGCGUUAUAA